AUGGAAGCCACAACAAAUGCAUACCCUGUUAUUGAUGCCUAUGCAACAUUCUUAUUGAUUGGCACUCCAGUGCAGAUUGUAUUUCUUAGGGUGGACAUAGGUAGCCCCAUAUCAUGGUUCCAGUGUGCCCCUUGCAGUAGCUGUUACCCGAUGCAACGCCCUCUCUUCAUCACUCGAGCAUCAAGCACUUACAAAGAGCUUGGUUGUUACUCUGACACAUGCUUGAUCCCAAUGAUGAGGGAUCAGGUUUUCGGAAACUGCACAGGGUGGAAAUGUAGGUACAAUGUCAGAUCCGGCAACGAAUCUCGCUCUUUCGGGGUGAUGGUCACUGAUACACUUAUAUUUGAACAUUCCAAUGCAGAGAUAAAGAACUUCAUCAUGGGAUGUGGAGAUUCAUAUAAGGGUCCAUUUAUGACUCAAUUCUCAGGGGUUUUUGGUUUAGGACGUGGUCCCCUUUCAGUCCAAAGUCAACUCAAUGCAAAGGCAUUUUCUUUUUGUCCUGUAAGACUUGGAUCAGGUUCAGAUCAACCUUCCUCUAUUGAGUUCUAUGAUCACACUCUGCCUUUCAUAGAAGAUAACAAUUCGGUUAUGGUUCCCUUGAAAGAGAACGAUGCACACCCUUACUAUUACUUUUUGCAGUUUGUGGGUAUAUCAAUUAAUGGGUUUAUGUUAGAUAUUCAAUCAAAAGUUUGGGGUUAUGGCCUAAACUAUGAUGGUGGGAUUAUCAUUGAUAUAGGAACAACUCUAACUUAUUUGCCAAGCGAUGCUUAUAGUGUGUUUAGGUCAGAGGUGCGCAGAGUAGAUCAUGAUCUUGUGAAGAAGCCAGGGUAUGAUGGGUUAGAGUUUUGUUAUAAAGAUGAUCCAUCCAACGUUUAUCCAACCAUUGAAUUUUACUUUGAAAAUGGCAAUAUUGCGGCAACCGACAGUGGCGACGACGAUGGCGGCGAGGUAACCGUCGUAGAAGGUUUCGAUGUCCAUGUCAGCCUUGUCGGACUCGACGACGAUGUUGUCGCCUUUGGAGAGCUUGUCACCUUCGGACUUGAUCCAGGAGACGAUUUUGCCUUCCGUCAUGGUGGAGCUGAGCGUCGGCAUGAAAAUCUCACGGAUCUUUGCACGGAAGACGAGGUGGGCAGUUCUCCGGUGCCGCUGGCGCGGCGGAGGACGGUGGAGGAAGAAGGGAUGAAGGGAGUUUGGAGAAGGUUAUCUUAUGUUGAUAUUGGUUGCACUAAGACCAUGUACAAUGGCAUGUUUAAUGCCAUGUUGAAACAUGUUGAAAGUUGUUGA